AAGCCUCAUAGGGGAGCAAAGCGGGGCGGAGACGUCGGGGGUGGCUGCGCAGGUGCACAGCGCAGGCCAGGCGGGAAGAGCCGAAGCGGGCAGGCGGCGGAAAUAGCCGAAGUGGUAGGGCGCCCGAGGCCGUUGCGAACCUCCGCGCCGUAGCCGCUACUGCCGCGGAAGCCGAGACUUCUGAACACCGCCUCCGCCUCCUUCCACCCCUAGCCGCAACCCCUUCGCGAACGAGCGAGUGAGCGAGGCGACGGCGCGUCCCAGAGAGCCUGAGUCCGUAACCGCAGCUGGGCCCUUGACCUGAGCGGGCGAAGAGGCGGAGGUAGCGACCGGGUGGGGGCGGGGCCGAGCAGUCCCGAGGAGAGUCGAGUUUGCUCGAGCACCGCCGAGCGAGCCCGAGGCGCCGGGCCAGGCCGGAGCCGGACUACGGGAGCCGACGCGGGUCGCGCGGUGGGCGCGGAGCGGCGCGGCAGGCCGGACGGGCCGCGGCAGCAGCGGAGAAGGCGGCAGCGGGGGGUCCGAGUGGCGCGGGCGGCGACGGGCGGCCGUGUGGCCGGGGUCCCGGGCCCCGCGGCGACGGCGGCGGCGGCGGCAGGAUGAUCAAGCUGUUCUCGCUGAAGCAGCAGAAGAAGGAGGAGGAGUCGGCGGGCGGCACCAAGGGCAGCAGCAAGAAGGCGUCGGCGGCGCAGCUGCGGAUCCAGAAGGACAUAAACGAGCUAAACCUGCCCAAGACGUGUGACAUCAGCUUUUCAGAUCCCGACGACCUCCUCAACUUCAAGCUGGUUAUCUGUCCUGAUGAGGGCUUCUACAAGAGCGGGAAGUUUGUGUUCAGUUUUAAGGUGGGCCAGGGUUACCCGCAUGACCCCCCCAAGGUGAAGUGUGAGACGAUGGUCUAUCACCCCAACAUUGACCUCGAGGGCAACGUCUGCCUCAACAUCCUCAGAGAGGACUGGAAGCCAGUCCUUACGAUAAACUCCAUAAUUUAUGGCCUGCAGUAUCUCUUCUUGGAGCCCAACCCUGAAGACCCGCUGAACAAGGAGGCCGCUGAGGUCCUACAGAACAACCGGCGGCUGUUUGAGCAGAAUGUGCAGCGCUCCAUGCGAGGUGGCUACAUCGGCUCCACCUACUUCGAGCGCUGCCUGAAAUAGGGUUGGCGCCUACCCACCCCUGCCAGGGCCACUAGCCCCGGCGUCCCCUGCAAAUAUUUAUUGGGGGCCACAGGUGGGGAGCAUGGGGUGGCAGGUGGGGGAAAUCCCAUGCCCUGGCCUUGCCUCCUCUCCCUACCACCCGCUCCUAGUUAUUUUUUUUUGUUAACCACCAUGUGAUUAAGGUCGGCGCUAUCUGCCCCGACCUGCUCAGCGAUGGGAAAUGAAUUGGCUUGUCUAGCCCCCUGCUGGGUGCUGUCCAACCCCCCACUUUGGGCUCUGGGGUGGGUGGCCAAGGGGACUGGGUGGCCUGGGCCCUGCCACCCCAUCCUUCCACCACUGGAGGUCCCACCAGGCUAUUAAAGGGGAAUGUUACUGCA